GUCGCUGACGACACCUAAGAGAGAGCUCGUCGUGAGCUACACCAACACCAUCACCAUGGCUCCGACACGCGACACCCCGUUCCGCUCUGCGGAUAUGAGCAUGGUGCAGCUGUAUAUCUCCAAUGAGAUCGGAAGAGAGGUCGUCAACGCCCUCGGCGAGCUGGGACUCGUUCAGUUCCGAGACUUGAACGGAGAGCUCAGCGCCUUCCAGCGAGCUUUCACCCAAGAGAUUCGGCGACUCGAUAACGUUGAACGUCAACUUCGAUACUUCUACGCCCAGAUGGAGAAGACCGGAAUCCCCUUGAGGAAGCUGGACCUCGACAUGGAGACCCUUGCCGCCCCAACCACCACUGAGAUUGACGAGCUCGCCGAGCGAAGCCAGGGCCUGGAGAACCGCAUCUUCCAGCUCAACGAUAGCUACGAGACCCUCAAGAAGCGCGAGGUUGAACUGACCGAGUGGCGUUGGGUCCUGCGCGAGGCUGGCGGCUUCUUCGAUCGUGCCCACGGCAACGUCGAAGAGAUCAGAGCCUCUACCGACGAGGAUGACGCGCCUCUCCUGCAAGAUGUCGAGCAGAACAACUCGGCUCUUGACGUCGAGCGGUCCUUUUCGGGCUUGAACAUCGGCUUUGUUGCUGGUGUGAUCUCUAGGGAGCGUGUCGCAGCUUUUGAGCGUAUUCUGUGGCGUACCCUGCGCGGCAACUUGUACAUGAACCAGUCAGAGAUUCCCGAGCCUUUGAUCGACCCCAGUAACAACGAGCCGGUCAACAAGAACGUCUUCGUCAUCUUUGCACACGGAAAGGAGAUCCUAGCCAAGAUCCGGAAGAUCUCCGAGUCUAUGGGUGCCGAGGUGUACAACGUCGAUGAGAACAGCGACCUCCGCAGGGACCAGAUCCACGAGGUUAACGCUCGACUCAACGACGUCCAGAAUGUGUUGCAGAACACCCAGCAGACUCUCAACGCCGAGCUGACCCAGAUUUCGCGGUCGUUGUCGGCUUGGAUGGUUUUGGUCAACAAGGAAAAGUCCGUCUACAACACACUGAACCUGUUCUCCUACGACAGAGCACGGCGCACCCUGAUUGCCGAGGGAUGGUCUCCUACCAAUGACCUGCCGCUCAUCAGGUCGACACUUCAGGACGUGAACAACCGGGCUGGUCUAUCAGUCCCGUCCAUCAUCAAUGUCAUCCACACCAACAAGACCCCGCCAACCUACUUGAAGACCAACAAGUUCACCGAGGCAUUCCAGACCAUAGUCAAUGCCUACGGUACCGCCACUUACCAGGAGGUCAACCCGGCCAUCCCUGUCAUCGUCACGUUCCCUUUCCUCUUCGCCGUCAUGUUUGGUGACUUCGGCCACGCCUGCAUCAUGUUGUGCGCUGCCCUGGCCAUGAUCUACUGGGAAAAGCCGCUCAAGAAGGUUACUUUCGAACUGUUCGCAAUGGUUUACUAUGGUCGCUACAUCGCUCUCGUCAUGGCUGUCUUCUCUGUGUUCACGGGCCUGAUCUACAACGACGUCUUCUCGAAGUCUAUGACCCUGUUCCCCAGCCAGUGGGAGUGGGACCCUCCGGAGAACUUUGUCGAAGGCCAGCAAAUCAGCGCCAAGCUCAAGGGCGACUACCGCUAUCCUUUCGGCCUUGAUUGGAUGUGGCACGGAACCGACAACGAUCUACUAUUCUCCAACAGUUACAAGAUGAAAAUGAGUAUCAUUCUCGGUUGGGCCCACAUGACGUACUCGCUCUGCUUCUCCUACAUCAACGCGAAGCACUUCAAGAAGCCGGUUGACAUCCUGGGAAACUUUAUCCCCGGGAUGAUCUUCUUCCAGGCCAUUUUCGGAUAUCUGGUUGUCUGCAUCAUCUACAAGUGGACGGUGGACUGGGUCGCCAUCGGGCAACAGCCUCCCGGACUGCUGAACAUGUUGAUCUACAUGUUCUUGCAGCCUGGCACGCUAGACGAGCAGCUUUACCCUGGGCAGGCCACAGUCCAGGUCUUGCUGCUGCUCCUGGCGGUGGUUCAGGUCCCGAUCCUUCUGUUCUUCAAGCCCUUUUACCUUCGCUGGGAGCACAACAAGGCUCGAGCCCACGGUUACCGCGGUCUUGGAGAGACGCAACGCGUCAGCGCUUUAGACGGCGAUGAUGAGGAUGACAACGGCCAUGCGAUCAACGGAAGACCCAGCAUCAACAGCGAUGAUGAAGGUGUUGCCAUGAUCACGCAGAACAUCGACGAGGAAGAGCACGAGGAAUUCGAGUUCAGUGAGGUCAUGAUCCACCAGGUCAUUCACACCAUCGAAUUUUGCCUGAACUGUGUUUCCCACACGGCUUCAUACCUGCGUCUUUGGGCGUUGUCUCUGGCUCACCAGCAGCUAAGUGCAGUGCUCUGGUCCAUGACCAUUGGGCCAGCUCUGGGAAUGUCUGGUGUCAUGGGGGUGAUCGCCAUCGUCAUCUUCUUUGCUGCGUUCCUGCUUCUCAGCGUCAUCAUUCUCAUCAUCAUGGAGGGAGUGUCCGCUAUGCUUCACUCGCUCAGAUUGGCCUGGGUCGAGUCAUUCUCCAAGUUUGCCGAAUUCAACGGUUGGCCCUUUGCGCCGUUCUCCUUCAAGAACAUGUUGGAGGAGUCCGAGGAGUUGAAAGAAUAUCUGGGUUAAGUAGUUUGAAUGCGCUUGUUUCAAUGUAUCAUAGAAUGUACCUUUAGCGUAGCAUCUAACAAUCUCGAGAACGACAAAGGUCUUGCAUAUAAGUGCUCAAGCAUCAAGUACUUGCCUAGGUACCCAGGUACCUAAACAGGCGGCUACACAGCUCCGUGGAGUC